AAAAUGAUGCAGUGGUCAGAGUGUCAGUGCCGAGCGUCAGGAAGAAGCACACUACCCAGUUUUACACUUUUGCACGUUUAUUAUUAUUUUAUUUCGGCUUAGAUAGCGGUGGCGUUGUGUUCGUGUAGGUCUACAUGGUUCUGGGCUGUAGGUGUGUAUAUAUUUGUUUAGAAAGCAGAGUUUCAGUUGGAGUUUUUAUUCGAAUCUGACGCUUUGUGGAGCUCCGCGCUGCUGUCCGACCCAACGCCGACUCCUGCGGGCUGAGAGACACAGACAUGAGCGCUGGCAUGGCGAAGGCGGUGAAGCCUUCAUCACACGUCGACCCCAAGUCUGCUCCUCUGAAGGAGAUCCCGGACAUCCUGGUGGAUCCGCGCAGCAUGAAGCGCUACAUGCGGGGCCGCUUCCUGGGCAAAGGCGGCUUCGCCAAGUGCUACGAGAUCACCGACAUGGACACCAAGGAGGUGUUCGCGGGGAAGGUCGUGCCCAAGUCCCUGCUCAUGAAGCCGCACCAGAAGGAGAAGAUGAGCACCGAGAUCGCCAUCCACAAGAGCCUGGACAACCCGCAUGUCGUCGGCUUCCACGGCUUCUUCGAGGACGAGGACUUCGUGUUCGUCGUGCUGGAGAUCUGCAGGAGAAGAUCCCUGCUGGAGCUGCACAAGCGCAGGAAGGCCGUGACGGAGCCCGAGGCGAGAUACUUCAUGCGUCAGACCAUCCAGGGCGUCCACUACCUCCACAACAACAGAGUCAUCCACCGCGACCUCAAACUGGGCAACCUGUUCCUGAACGAUGACAUGGAGGUUAAGAUUGGCGACUUCGGUUUGGCCACGAAGAUCGAGUUUGACGGCGAGAGGAAGAAGACGCUGUGUGGAACGCCGAACUACAUCGCCCCCGAGGUGCUGUGCAAGAAGGGUCACAGCUUCGAGGUGGACGUCUGGUCCCUGGGCUGCAUUCUGUACACGCUGCUGGUCGGGAAGCCGCCGUUCGAGACGUCGUGCCUGAAGGAGACGUACGUCCGCAUCAAGAAGAACGAGUACACCAUUCCCAGGCACAUUAACCCCGUGGCUACGGCGCUCAUCCGGCGGAUGCUGCACGCCGACCCCACGCUCCGCCCCUCCGUCGCCGACCUGCUCGCAGACGAGUUCUUCACCUCGGGUUACGUUCCUCUGAGACUCCCGACGUCCUGCCUGACCGUACCGCCGAGGUUCUCCAUCGCCCCCUCCAGCCUGGAGGCCGGCCUGCAUCGCAAACCUCUGUCUGCUUUUAAUAAAGACACCGACAGUCCGAUUGAGAAAAUGGGGAAGGUGGAGCAGCCGCUGAAAGAGGAGCCUCCACAAAGGGACGGAUCCGAACAGCCCGACUGCCACCUGAUCGACAUGCUGCAGCAGCUGACGAGCGUAAACACCGCCAGGCCGUCCGAGAGGGAGCUCAUACGGCAAGAGGAAGCCGAGGAUCCGGCCUGCAUCCCCAUCUUCUGGAUCAGCAAAUGGGUCGAUUACUCUGAUAAAUAUGGACUAGGGUAUCAGCUGUGUGACAACAGCGUCGGCGUCUUGUUCAACGACUCCACCCGCCUGAUCAUGUACGAGGACGGAGACAGCCUGCAGUACAUCGACCGCGGGGGGGCGGAGUCUUACCUCAGCGUGCGCUCCUACCCCGCCGCUCUCUCGAAAAAGAUCACGCUGCUCAAGUACUUCAGGAACUACAUGAGCGAGCACUUGUUGAAGGCGGGCGCUAACAUAACGCCGCGCGACGGAGACGAGCUCGCACGCCUGCCCUACCUGCGCCACUGGUUCCGCACGAAGAGCGCCAUCGUGCUCCACCUCAGCAACGGCACGGUGCAGAUCAACUUCUUCCAGGACCACACGAAGCUGAUCCUGUGCCCCCUCAUGGGUGCCGUGACGUACAUCAACGAGCGACGCGACUUCUGCACCUACAAGAUGAGUCUGAUCGAGGAGUACGGCUGCUGUAAGGAGCUCGCCUCGCGCCUGCGCUACGCCCGCAGCAUGGUGGAGAAACUAGCGGCCUGCAAAAGCACAGCCACCACCACCACCACGUCCUCCGCCCGCUAGCUCACCAACACACCGGACUGCACUCGCAGACGGCCGGACGCUCGGUCGCCAACUCCGACGUUCACGGACUGAACCCUCAGAACUGUACACUUUCAUCUGUCUGUCCGUCUUUUCUCUCUCUCUCUCUCCCUUUUUUUAACUCGUGAGGAGGGAAAGCGCAAUGUGACCACGCUCCUCGUCUGCUGUAUCAUGUAAAGUCUUUUCUUUGUUUUGUUUUUGUUUUUUUUCUGUUUAAAUGUUUUUCUGUUUUUUCUAAAAAUCCCUGUUUUCCCUUUUCGUCUGUCUGUUUUUAUAAAGCUUUUAUGGCUUUACUUGAAAUAGCCACAAGUUAAAUGGAAUUGUAUUAAACUGAGUGUAUUCAAUUUAAUAAAGCUCCUUUUUUUGGUGAAA